AGGAAAGCAAAGGGAUAAAACAACAACAUGGCGGAUUUGUGGGGUUCGCGAAGGAAAUUUCAUUUCGCAUUACUUCUCGCCCAAGUUACAAUAAUACUUCUAUCAUUUAUGAAAAAUGGACAUAUUACAGCUACAAGCACAGUGCCAUUACAACCUACAUUUUCUAUUUCUAUAAAUUCUACGCCAUCUUCAGGUCUAAACUCUACCACUAACCCUAGCAGUUUAACUUCGGUUGCAUCAACUCCCAGCUUAACGACUGUUUCUCCGAGUGUUCGUCCAUCUUCUGGUUGCCCUGAUGGAGUUUUUUGUAGCGAUCUCGGUGCAUCGUGUAUUGACUGCCAAUAUAAUGACUCUUGUGUUUACGGAGAAGAAGUUAGUGUGUCAUGUAAAGCACUUGAUUUUGUUGAUUGCAAGGGACCUAGAAACUUUACAAAGACAUUCAGUUGUCGGUACUGCUUUCAAACUCCAGAAGAGAGCUAUCAUUGUAUCAAGAAGACUACCUGUAAGGUUGUGUCAGCGGUCAGUGACCCACCAAGAUAUAUCACCAACUGCACUGUGAAGGAGGAGGUGUUAUGCCUAGGUAACAGGACAUUUAAUAAGCUCCUUAGAUGUAACUGGACGUCUGGGUACAGAUGGUCUACUGCUGUUCUACUAAGUCUUACACUUGGUGGCUUUGGAAUUGAUCGUUUCUAUCUUGGUCACUGGAAAGAAGGGCUCGGCAAGUUAUUUAGUUUUGGUGGCCUGGGGGUGUGGACACUGAUUGAUCUCGUUCUUGUUGGGAUUGGAUACAUAGGACCAGCAGAUGGGUCACUCUACAUAUUCUGAACAAGAAGUGGACAAACAACAAACAGGACAAGCCUUAUUUACAGGCAUCUCUUGCAUCUCUUGUACAGUAGAAUCUUAAGGGCUUACUUUGGUAUGCAGUGCCGUAGCAGACCUCGAAAUAUUACAUGUGGGGGCACGAUAUGGAAACAAUAGGGAAAUAUUUGGGGUCACAGCCACGCCUCUACUGGUUAUUUUCUUUAUAUUUUUUACAAUAUUGGGGGGGGGGGCACGUGCCUCCAGUGCCCCACCCCUGCUACGGCCCUGGUAUGACCAGAAAUACAGUAGAACUUGCCUAAACUGGGCUUUUGUGUAAUAGAUGCUUGCAUAUAAUGGUCAGAUACCCAUGCCUUAGUUCUAGUUCCUAUAGAAUUACCUUGCAACUAAUAAGGGAUUUUAUUUUUAACAGACACAAAUCUUAGGCCCUAAAUAGUCUACUCUCAUAUGCAGCCGUUAUACUGUCCCCUUUGUCAGGCAAUGCACUUGAGCUUAGGUACUCCAAAGGUACUCCAAAGGUACUCCAAAUGUACUCCAAAGGUACUCCAAAGGUACUCCAAAGGUACUCCAAAGGUAUUUCAAAGGUACUCCAAAGGUAUUCCAAAGGUACUCCAAAGGUACUUCAAAGGUACUCUAAAGGUACUCCAAAGGGACUCCAAAGGGACUCCAAAGGGACUCCAAAGGUACUCCAAAGGUACUCCAAAGGUACUCCAAAAGUACUCCAAAGGUACUCCAAAGGGACUCCAAAGGUACCCCAAAGGUACUCCAAAGGUACCCCGAAAGUACUCCAAAGGUACUCCAAAGGUACUCCAAAGGUACUACAAAGGUACUCCAAAGGUACCCCAAAGGUACUGCAAAGGUACUCCAAAGGUACUCCAAAGAGGCAAAUGGCUCCAAUCAAAAGCACAAUUUCAUUCAACAGCUAUAGAGAUAUAAAAGCCUACCUUUAUUAUAUUGUACAAAGAGACUGCUUGCUAAAGCCAUGAUGAUGUAUAUACUGUAUAUAUUUUAAAAGGAGGUUGCUUUGGCUAAUGGCCUUUAAAUCCCUCUAAUGCAUUACUCAAAUAUAAAGACAAUUAAUAAAAUGUAAGAUUUAUAAUCUA